GCAGCAAUACUCUCUCUGGCAGUGUACCUCAGGGUAAUAUCAAUCUCCACCCUGUGUAGCCAUUAUUGUUUAUCUCGUUUGUAUCAAUGAAUUGUAUAAAAUUAAAACGGAGCAGGUUCUAACUUGUCUUUAUGAUUGUCUUCUGCAUGGAAAUGCAGCUUUGAAGAGACCGAAUGCUGGGUUCCAAUACGAAAACAAUCCAGCUUUGUGCGGCUACAGGGUUUUCCAAUCGGAAGGAAUGUACUGAUUCAAGGAAGACGGUUACAGACAGACCUGAACCAAUCUAUCCUGCAAAAAAACAGAAAAUUGGGAGUGCUUUUGAUGCUUCAGAUAGUCGGCUUAGUACUGACCAGGUGAAGGAGGUUUACAGAAGGAGUGCCUCUCCCCUAAUCAGCUUAGAGUAUUCGAAUGGAUGGGAUCCUCUAGACAAAGGUCGAAAUGGAAAUGGGUUUUCGCAGGAAGUUUUUGAGAGCUUCGUGUUCAAUUUAGGAGAAGUCGAGGGUGCUACACAGUGUUUUUUGGAGGUGAAUUUAUUGGGGAAAAGCAACUUCUCAGCCAUCUACAAGGGGUUCCUCAGAGAUGGUUCUUUUGUUGCUAUAAAAUGCAUUGCCAAGACAAGCUGCAAAUCUGAUGAAGCUGAGUUUUUGAAGGGGUUAAAAAUUUUGACCUCAUUGAAUCAUGAAAAUGUAGUGAGGUUAAGAGGUUUUUGCUGUUCAAAAGGCCGAGGUGAAUGUUAUCUCAUCUAUGAUUUUAUGUCAAAUGGAAACCUUUUGCAGUAUCUGGAUGUGAAGCAGGGAAGUGGCUAUGUUCUUGUAUGGUCCACCAGAAUCUCUAUUAUUAACGGCAUUGCCGAAGGUAUUGAGUAUUUACAUGGAAGCAAGGGAAACAAGCCUGCUCUUGUUCACCAGAAUAUAUCCGCAGAGAAGGUGCUUAUUGACAGAAAGUAUAAUCCUUUGCUCUCCUAUUCAGGCUUACACAAACUCCUUGCGGAUGAUGUAGUCUUCUCCACUCUCAAGGCUAGUGCUGCCAUGGGAUACCUCGCUCCUGAGUACACAACUACAGGUCGUUUUACUGAAAAGAGCAAUGUAUAUGCAUUUGGAAUGAUUGUCCUUCAGAUCCUUAGUGGAAAACGUAAGGUCACUCAAUUCAUCACCCGCCAAGUAUCUGAGGCUAGCAGAUGUGAAGAUUUCAUCGACACAAAUCUCGAAGGGAAGUUCUCAGAAUCUGAGGCAGCUAAACUUGUGAAAAUUGCUCUGCUUUGUACCCACGAAUCUCCUAACCACAGGCCAUCCAUGGACAAUGUGAUGCAAGAACUGAGUGGAUUGGUUGGCAGUUCUUAAAUUCCUAGGGAAGUCUGAAGUCAUUGCCUUGUCUUGAGGCAAGUUUCAACUAUUUCUAACAUUUGUUUAUUUUUUUCGUAUUUAUUUCUAACAUAUGGUUGAUGUUGGAUGUUGGCUACUAAAUGUAUCUAAUGACAUGUUCUUUUCCCAAGGACUGUGUCAACCUGAUCAUGGCUGUAAUUUGUGGGUGGGAAGAGAAAUGUGGCUACUAUGUAGAACUCCACCCUUGUAAUCGUGUUAGCUUAAUUUUAGUUAUUUGAAACAAAAUUGUUACUGAUUU